GCGGGGCGCGGUAGCCGGAAGUUCGUGGCCGCCGGGGCCAUGGCGGCGCUCAGCGUCGUCUGUCUGCUGCUGGCAGCGGCAUCCUGGCGGCCGGUCUCGGCUUCAGGAGAGGAAUUCUGGCCUGGCCAGUCGGCGGCGGACAUCCUAUCGGGGGCGGCAUCCCGGAGACGGUACCUUCUGUAUGACGUCAACCCCCCAGAAGGCUUCAAUCUCCGCAGGGAUGUCUAUAUCCGAGUGGCGUCCUUGCUGAAGACGCUGCUGAAGACUGAAGAGUGGGUGCUUGUCCUGCCCCCGUGGGGCCGUCUCUAUCACUGGCAAAGCCCUGACAUCCAUCAGGUCCGGAUCCCCUGGUCUGAGUUUUUUGAUCUUCCGAGUCUCAAUAAAAACAUUCCCGUCCUUGAGUAUGAGCAGUUCAUUGCAGAAUCUGGUGGGCCCUUUAUCGACCAGGUGUACGUCCUGCAAGGUUACGCCGAGGGCUGGAAGGAGAGCACUUGGGAGGAGAAGGUGGACGAGCGGCCCUGCAUCGACCCUCCACUGUACUCUCAGGACAAGCAUGAAUAUUACAGAGGCUGGUUUUGGGGCUAUGAAGAAACGCGGGGUCUGAAUGUCUCCUGCCUGUCCGUCCAGGGGUCGGCUUCCAUCGUUGCACCUGUGCUUUUAAAAAAUACGUCUGCUCGGUCUGUGAUGUUGGACCGAGCUGAAAACCUGCUUCAUGACCACUAUGGAGGCAGAGAGUACUGGGAUACCCGGCGCAGCAUGGUGUUUGCAAAGCACUUGCGGGCCGUGGGAGAUGAGUUCAGAAGCCAGCACCUCAACUCCACAGAUGCCGCUGAUAAGAUGGCCCCAGAGGAGGACUGGACACGCAUGAAGGUCAAACUGGGCUCAGCCCUAGGCGGCCCCUACCUUGGAGUCCACCUGAGAAGAAAGGACUUCAUCUGGGGCCACAGGGAGGAUGUACCCAGCCUGGAGGGGGCCGUGAAGAAGAUCCGCAGCCUCAUGAAGACCCACCAGCUGGACAAGGUGUUCGUGGCCACAGAUGCCAUCAGGAAAGAACAGGAAGAACUGAGGAAGCUGCUACCGGAAAUGGUGAGGUUUGAGCCCACUUGGGAGGAGCUGGAGCUGUACAAGGAUGGAGGCGUUGCCAUCAUCGACCAGUGGAUCUGCGCUCACGCCAGGUUUUUUAUUGGCACCUCAGUCUCCACAUUUUCUUUUCGGAUUCAUGAAGAGAGAGAGAUCUUGGGGUUGGACCCCAAGACGACGUACAACCGGUUUUGCGGAGACAAGGAGAAAGCAUGCGAGCAGCCCACACACUGGAAGAUUGCAUACUGAGGGCCACCUGUCUACCACCUGCCAGUCACUCGGUCACAGGGUCCCAGAGGAGGCCCCCACUUGGGUGGCAAACAUCUAAAGCCCGUGUCCCUUGUGUUCAUGGGCCAGCAUCUACCAGUGUCUAGGUUCUGCCACCUUCAGGAUUCACAAUGUGUCUUCUCUCAGGACCUGAGCACCCACAUCCCCAUCACAGAUGUAACAUGUGCUAGCCCAGAAAUUCAAGAACACUGGGGAUGGCCAGUGAGUAUCAGCCCUCUCAGGUAUGGAUACUGGCUCCUGAGAUGUUGGUGUGACUGUCUGCUGAGGUCGUUUCACGCAUGUCCAGUGUGAGCAAAUGCCAGGUUUUGCCUCACCCCCUACCUGCGUGGUGCCCCAGCUAGUUUCCAACUGAAGGAGAUGACUCAGCCACUGUCCUCUCCAGGAUGCUGGGAACCUCAGGGCAGCCCUUGAGCUGUGCCAAUGACUCCCUCACCUCACAUGGACCCCCAGCCUCCCUUCACACUGCUGAGAAAUAGAGUUGAGGAGUGACAGAAACACAUCUGAGACAGGCCACUGCUUUAGGGAACCCUUUCCCAGGCCUUGUGCUGCCCCACAGGCGGCAGAGUCAGCAGGUCCUUGACCUUACUCAUCAAUACACCCCCUUCCCCAGCCCCCAUUCAGCUACUGCCCAGGUCUCCUUCCCAAGCACCAAGGUAGAGCCUGAGCACAGACAGCGUCCUGUGGCUCACUCAGCUGACCAGGUAGAAUCAUGUAUUUAUUCUUUGCCAUUUGUACAUCCAAGUGUAUUAAUAAAAUACUUUUUUCAAGAAAGCUGUAAUAGAAA